AAGGGUUUUACCUGCCAGCUUCGUUGAGCCAGUUGCCUCUCCACCCUCCGUCGGCUCCUCCCAGCGCCCCGCCCAGCUCCACCCCCCCGCAGAGGACGUCCCGGGAAGGGGGGAGGGACCGGCCUUACCGUGGGGAGAGGGAACGGGAGCGGGAACGGGAACGGUCCAGAGAGGAUCAGAGGCCUCACAGUGUGGUGGACCUGACGCAGGACGGGAGGAGCGAGGAGCGGGAGAAAGAGAGGGAGAAAGAGAGGGAGAAAGAGAGGGAUACGGAGAGAGACUCGUGGCCCUUCCAUCAUCACCCUCACCCCCACCAGCAGAAAACUCACUCCACAGAGCCCCGAUCCAGACCCUCACCCCCUCUUCACACCUUCCCUCAAAGUGGGGUUCGGGAAGAAUCCAAUAACCCGGACCGACAAAGGAGAAACGACCACGGCCACCAUCACCCUCCUCCCCCCGCGUCUCACCCCUCUGCCCAGCCCCACCCCUCCACACAUAGAGAGACUCAACGGGUGAGUGCGCCGACAUAUGUGCCUUCUGUGGAGGUUUACGACGAGCGUGUCGGCCCGAUCCAGAUCGCCUCUCAGGCCCGGGACAACAAACAGAGGGAGAGGGAGAGAGAAAGAGAGCGAGAGAGAGAAAGGGAGAGAGAAAGGGAGAAAGAGAGGGAGAGCUACAGGUUGAGCUACAGGUUUCCAGAGAGGAGCCUGCCGGAUCACCCUCGACUCUCCCAAUCUGGCGAUUCAGGCAAUCAAAGAGAGGAGGGGUCGGUAAUUUGUUCCAAUGGAUCGAUUGGAAAACGAAGCCAGGAAGGGUCGUACCCUUCCGGCCAGUCACGGUUCAGCCCGGAUGUCUCCAAACAGCCAAUCAGAUUGGGCACAGAGCGGGCGGGGGCGGAGCCUAAAUGGAACACGAUUAGCCCGCUAACUAAUUAUGCUACGAGUCACAUGGCUGCGCUGGCGGCUCAACACGGACACACACUCCCCUCCCCCGCACACACACAGAUGUCAACGACCCACCGGGCAGGAAGUACCCCGCACUCCCCCCAAACUCACGCCUCUCAAACUCACCCCCCUCAAACUCACCCCUCCCAGCGGCCGGGGGAGGAGGGGGGUCAGAGACGCUACCUGGACCCCGCGACGCUCUACAGACCUGGGGUGUCGUUGGCGGGUGAGCGAGGCGGGGUGGCGGGGCCGGACCCCUCUGAGGUCUCAGCCAUGCAGAGUCUGAUUAAAUACAGCGGGAACUUUGCUGCUGAGGGGCCCGGGGCCUCCAGGCAGACAGGGGAGGGACGAGGGCCCUUUGGGGGUCUGGCUCACGUGGUCUCAGACGGUGACAGAGAGGGAGAGAGGGAGAAAGACAGAGACAGAGAUAGAGAGAGGGUUUCUGUGGGAUCCAUGAGGGUGCCGCCCCCCCUGAAGAGGGAGCAGGAGAGGCCGGACAGCGCCCGCUCGUUUGGGCGGGAGGCGGAGGGGGAGGUACGCCACCCCCCUGUGGGCAUCGCGGUGGCCGUCGCCCGGCAGAGAGACAGCAGCAGCUCCAGCAAACAGAGCGGAGGAAACUCGGACUCCCAGAGAGCAAUGCUGCAAAACGCUAUCAAAGAUGAGGAGCGGGGCGAGGACCGCGGGCGUCACCAUGACGAUCGGAUGCUGGUUGGCCGACUGGAGCGCGAGCAGGACAAAGUGCUCAGAGAGUCCAAGGAGCUGGCAGAGUUCACUCAGAUGCAUCCCCCUCCUCUGUCAAGCGGCAUGACGCCCAGCAUGAUGGCACCCAGCCUCAUGACCUCUAACCUCAUGGUGACGGGAGGGGCCGCUCUGGCCGGGGCGGGACGAUGGCCCCCCGACACGCAGACCCUCACCUCUCACCCCUGGAUGCCCCGACCCGGAGCCCCCCCAGUCUGGCUCUCCAGCUCCCCGUACAGCCUUGGUCCAUCCUCUCUCCACCAGGCUCUCCCCCAAGGUUACCCCCCCUCUUUGCAGGGUUCAAUGCCUCCUCCAUACCAGUUAGCCCGGGACCCUCAAUCUGGACAGUUAAUCGUCAUCCCCACUGAACACCUGCAACACUACGGAGGUGAUGUUAUGGACCGUGGAGGCCCGGUGUGGCCGGGUGUUUACGGUACGAGCAGCUCCCUGCAACACGCUGCCCAGCUCCAGCUGCUCUCUCAGCAGCAGAUGCUCCGGCAACAGGAGCUGCUGAUGAUCCAGCAGCACACAGCGCAGGUCCUGGAGCUGCAGAGGAACGCACAGCUAGUUGAGCGAUUUAAGGCUAGCGAGCACCGGCCGGAGAUGGAAGACAAAGCAGACAAACGUCACUCCGACCCCAAACCCCGGCGUUCCUCCAUAUCUUCCCCGUCUCCCUCACCCAUCCUGCAUCCCCGCAAACUUCCUCCUCACUCUCGCUCGCCCACCCCGUCCACCUCCUCUCUCACUCCGCUGCCUCCACUCCCCUCGCCAGUGACUGCCCUGAAGUCAGAGGAAGGCGGGCAUAGAGUUUUGUCCCAUCCGCCUACGCCCCUCCCUCACCCGCCUUCCCCACAAUCAGCCUCUCCUCCCCCGUCCUCCCCGCGGCGGCCUAAACUGGAGGAGGGGGAGGUUGGACGGAGGGUUCAGAGAGAGGGACUGAAGCCGGCCUCUGCUUCCUUUCAAGGCGUCUACUCUGAUCUCCCUCCAGGUUACCCUUACCAGUCCAUCACCGCCCCAUUUGGCUCACCUUUCCCCCCAUAUCACAUCCCAGCACCCUCAGGGGCAAACACAGAAGUCGUCCCACCUCACCGCUCCCGAUCUCCUUCCUCUGCUGCCCCUUUGCCCUCAGCCCACCUCCAUCCGAGGCUGCAGGACACAGACAUUAAGCCCCCAAAACACACCAGAUCUUUCCUGAAGCAGGAACCAGGCGUGGAGCAACCUCCGCUCGACACGAGGCCCGAUCCUCUGGGUGCUCUUCAUCGAAGCUGCAGCCCUGCUCCCUCCAGAGAGGAAGCCCGGGAAACACAGAAGCUACAGACGCUAACUCCUCGUAUCCCUAGCCCUCCAUUGCUACAAAGGGAAAGACUGCAAGGAAUAAGAGAGGAAGACAAGGAAGGAGGGCAAAUCAAAAUGGAGGUGUCGUCUUAUUCUUGUCAGGCCACAUAUGGCCUGCCUCCUGAGUCUGAGCCCAAACCAGAUGUCAUGAAGGAUCCAGAACAUUAUCCAUCAUGCGUCGCUGCAGAGGAGUUACAACAUAUCACCAGCGCAGGGUGUGAACAAGAACAGCCACACGCUCCCAUCAACUCACACGCUCCCAUCAACUCACACGCUCCCAUCAACUCACACGCUCCCAUCAACUCACACACUCCCAGUCAGAAAGAAAGUGUCACUGAAACUCCCGUUUAUCAUCCGUCCGCUUCCAACUCGCCGAUCCCGCUGACCGUCGACCCUGAGGAUCCCAUGGCGGGGAUGUUCGCCCUGCUGGCAGCCAGUGAAAUAGCCCAGGCUCGACCAAGAACUCCACCCGCUCCAACACUCUUACCGCAGAUAGAAAUCCACUCGUUGGGUGUGGAUUGCAGCGGUGCCGGUGCUCUGGAGAUGGUGGCGCUGGAGGGGAUGGCCCUGCUCAGCCAAAUGGCUCAGAGGGAGAUGGAGCAAAUCAGCAUGGAGCAAGAUCUGACAUUAGAGGGUCUGGACGGCCUUCUUGAAGCAAGCCGGCAGAUUCUGUUGGAGGCGAUCGAGAAGCAGUCGCACAUCGACCUACCCAGAACGCUGGACCCCAACAAGAAGUACAGCUGGAGGCAGAGGAAGGAGCCGCUGUACAGUAAAAUGUCUGUGGACGUGCUGGAUGCCGUGGAGGUGGAAUAUCGCGUUCACCUGGCCGAGCUGCAGAAGACUUACAAGGAGAAGCAGAGAGAUCUGACCAAGCUGCAGAGACGCAGAGACAAACGUGAGCGGCAGCAGCACGAGGACGAGAGGCGGAGUCUGACCCGACGGGGCAGAGGGCGACCCCGUAAGAGGAAACAUUUAACGACACCGACCAAACUGGACAGCAGGCCUGGAAAGGUGGGUAGGACAGUGCAAUACUCCGAGGACUCUGAAGCCGGGGAGGGACAGAGGAAAAGGUUCAGGGUCUCCAGAGAAGAAGAAGAGGAGGCAGAGGCAGCGAUCGGAGGAGUGAAGAUGAAGAAGAAGAAGAAAAAGAAGAAGAAGAGCUGGAACGACCAGGAGCCGUCCACCAGUCACGCUCUGGAGGUGUUGAAGUCGAAGCGUGGCCACGUGUGCGAGCAGGAGCAGCUGGCCUCAGAUCUGGACAGAGCUCUGUCGCUCUCGCAGCUCGGAUCACUCGCAGCUUCUCAUAAACUCAGCUCCAAAUCAGACAAGUCGAAGCUCAAGUCUGGGGAAAGUCGGAUGAAGGAGCGCAGCGUCCACCCGUCCGCUAAGGCUGGGAAACACAACAUGGCCACCAAGGUUUCCUCUUCGGACAGCGCCCUGAAAGUGAAAGGUCAGAAGGAGACGACGACGACGACUUUGUUCUCUCACGUGAGAUCAGAGCUCAGCAGCUGCUCCAACAACUCAGACUCAGAGGAUCUCACUUCUUCUGCUCGAGGGGGCUGGCCCUCUCUCUCAGGGAUGCGCUCCCACGAAAACCCGACCAGGAAGAGGCCGACGUCACCCCCGCCGUCCGGCCUGAAAUCCCAGAAGAAGAAACACAAGCACUUAUCUCUGCUGCUGGAGGAGGCCGGCCUCAGCUCCUCCGACGACUCCUUCGACCAAGAAUCCUCGGAGGACGAAGAGGACUACGAGGAUUUGAGCGGGCUGGGUCUGCUGGCCCGGUUCGCCGCGAGCGCGACCCCCGUCCCUCCCACGCCUCCGAGCCUCCUGUACGACGGCAAACACCGCAGCAGGCUAAGCACUCUGGGUCCAGUACAUCCUCAGUGCAGUGAUACAUAUGCAUGCUUUCAGCAGAAGAAGAAGCUGAAGGAGUCUCCGGUGAGUCCGGCUCCCCUCUGCAGCCUCUCAGACCCUCCUCCUCUUCCUCCUCCUCCUCCUCCUCUUCCUCCUCUGAGCCUCAGCCCGCAACGCAAGAGCCAACCCAAAGCCAGACCCAAACCCAGAGAGCCUUCCAGAGGGGCGGUGAGCCGGCUGAUGGAGAGCAUGGCGGCGGACGAGGACUUCGAGCCGAACCAGGACAGCAGCUUCAGCGAAGACGAACUGGUCACACCGCGAAGCAACAGCGUGUCGGAGAGGGUCUCCACACCGGCUCCGGUGCAGUGCGUGUUGGAUAAGGACUCGCUGGUGGACGGACUCAAAGUUUUGAUCCCGAUGGACGACCAGCUCCUGUACGCGGGACACGUGAACACUGUACACUCCCCCGACAUAUACAGCGUGGUGGUGGAGGGGGAGCGAGGGAACCGACCACACAUCUACUGCCUUGAACAACUGCUGCAGGAGGCUAUCAUCGAUGUGAAGCCUCCGUCUGUCCGUUACCUUCCUGAGGGAACACGCAUUGCCGCCUACUGGAGCCAGCAGUACCGCUGCCUGUACCCCGGCUCCGUGGUCAACGGAAGUUCAGAUAUCGACGAGAAGGAUGAUCUCAUCACGGUGGAGUUUGAUGACGGAGACACAGGACGCAUCCCGCUCUCACACAUCAGACUGCUGCCGCCUGACUACAAGAUCCACUGUGCCGAGCCGUCCCCUGCCCUGCUGGUGUCCAGCUGCUCCCGGAGGAGAGUCCGUAAAUGCAGCAAAGAGAGCAAAGAGGCGGGAACAAAACCUGAAGAUAGCGCUCCGAAGAUCAAAGGGAAACCUGGUCGCAAACCCAAACCCAAACCAGAGACCUCCGUGAACCCAGACGUCCGGGAGAAAGCUGACCCUCCGUCUUCCUCCAGCGCGCCCGCAGAGAGACCCCCGCCUCCACCCAAGCCUCCCCAGGACAGACCCUCCUCUGUGCAGAAGAACUCUCCGGAGAAACCUCGUCCCGCAUCCCGCCCCACGAUAGGACCCCAUCAGAAACCGGGCCGCAAAAUCUCCACUACGUCCCCACUAAGUAGCCCUACUCUUCCACAACCCAUUUCCAGGAAAGCCCCCCCUCCUUCUGCGGUUAAACAAUCCCGCUCUCUGCCUCCGUCCCUCUACCCCUCCACCUACGGAAAGGUCCUGACGGUGGAUCUGUACAGCGAACCCAACCUCAGCUCGUACACAAACCAGCGCAGAGAUCGAGAAAACGGCGUCAGUCCCACCUCAAACCGACCGUUAAUUAGACCCAAUAUUACAUCGCCCAAGUCUUCAUCCAGGCCCUCUUCAGUUUCCUCGCCCAAAACCAAACCCCCCUCGGAGCAUCACAGAUCGAGCCACAGCUCCGGACUCAUACCCGUCUCCAUCUCCAGAAUGUCAUCCAGCAAACCUCUGACUUCCAGACCUUCUUUAUCGUCAUCCUCCGCCCCCAGACCCAAACUGAAGAUGGCGUCCGACCAUCUUUCCUCCAGACCCGGCGCCGUCUCGCGGCCCAAACCCAGCUCGGGACAAGGGGACUCUCUGAUGAGGCGCAAGUCUUUACCGGCAGAGCCUCUCGUGAAGCUGGACCACGAAGGCGUCACCUCUCCAAAAACCAAGAAGACUAAAGCUCUGAUGCUGCUGGAGGGCCGGGGCGUCAGAGCGGAUCACACGCCCAUCGCCUCGACCAAUCAGAAGCUGAUGAAGGUGAAACCGAGAGUUGAUAGAGAGUGUGUUCUUCCAGAGAAGGACGCUCACUGCAAAGCGCCGAUUCUAACAAAGGAGAAGUCGGAGAACCGUGGAAGAGGACAGGAGACGAGGGAAGAGAAAGGUAAAAAGGAGGUAGAGAGGAAGGUGAAGAAGGAGGAAUCUCACAGCAGCAGCAGCUCAGAGUCGGAGGAGGAACGUGACAAGGUGAAGAAGAAGAAAAAGAAGAAGAAGAAAUGCACCUCUAGUUGCUCGUCCUCCUCUUCAUCUUGCUCCGGUUCCUCCUCGUCUUCUUCAUCAGGGUCCUCGUCCUCGUCCUCUUCGUCCACCGAUGACUCCUCCUGCAGCUCGGAUGAAGGGAGGACCUCCACCCCUCCUUCAGUGCCAAUCACAGCUCCUCCAGUACAGGAGAAAGCGAAAGAAGAACCAAAAGAGGAAGAGGAAGUGAAGAAGGAGGAAGUGAAGAAGGAGGAAGUGAAGAAGGAAGUGGUGAAGAAGGAAGUGGUGAAAGAGGAAGAGGAGGAAGAAGAAGAAGAGAUGUCGCCUCCUUCAGAAUCUCCCUCUCCUUCCUCCUCUCCGACGCCUCCUGCUCCCGUCAAACCUGUGAAACCAGCGACCGGGAAAGGCUCCGGGCAGAGGGGUCGCCCUCCCAAACCGAAGCCCAGCGGAGCGGAGGGGAAGGUGGGCAGGCCGAAGAGGAGGGAGGGGGUCCACAUGCCCACCACCAAGGAGCUGGCCAAACGUCAGCGGCUCCCCAGCGUGGAGAACAGACCCAAAAUAUCUGCGUUCCUUCCAGCCCGACAACUCUGGAAGUGGUUCGGAAAACCCACUCAGAGACGGGGUAUGAAAGGCAAGGCGAAGAAGCUCUUCUAUAAGGCCAUCGUGCGCGGCCGGGAGAUGAUCCGCAUCGGAGACUGCGCCGUCUUCCUGUCCGCCGGACGACCCAACUUACCGUUCAUCGGACGCAUCCAGAGCAUGUGGGAGUCGUGGGGCAGCAACAUGGUGGUCCGGGUCAACUGGUUCUACCACCCUGAGGAGACUAACCCCGGCAAGAAACUCAUCGACAAGAAGAACUGGGAUCAGAUGUGCGGUCUGUCGUUACCUUCAGCUCUGCACUCCUCCAUCAAGAGGAAAGACUUCAUGGAGCGCGCCCUCUACCAGUCGUCCCACAGCGACGAGAACGACGUGCAGACGGUGAGCCACAAGUGCCUGGUGGUGAGCGUGGAGGAGUACGAGCAGAUGACCCUCACCCGGAAGUACGCCGACAGCGAGGACCUCUACUACCUGGCCGGCACCUACGAACCCACCACCGGCAUGAUCUUCAACACCGACGGAGUCCCAGUCAUCUGCUAAACACACACGAACUCCCAAAACAAAACCAAAA